AUGGAGACCACAACAAUCUCAAGCACAUCAGAAACAAUUAAUAAAGAUAUUACCAAAGAUAAUAUCGGUGCUAUUCCUGGUUUUAUUAUUGGCGGUGCAGCAGCAUGUGCCGCUGUUACUUUCACGAAUCCUUGGGAGGUUGUAAAAACUCGAUUACAACUUCAAGGGGAAUUAGCCCGUAGUAAUUCCAAUUAUGUAAAACCAUAUAGAAACAUUCUUCAGGCCUUCUAUUUAAUUGUAAAACGGGAAGGAUUUCUUGGAAUUCAGAAGGGUUUAGGCCCUGCAUACGCAUAUCAAUUGGUAAUGAAUGGUGCGCGUCUUGGAUUUUAUGAUCCAAUACGAAAUUCAUUAGUAUCAUUUUUUAAUACAUCAAACAAAUCUCUACCAAUUAGCAUUAUUUCCGGUGGUCUUUCUGGAGUUAUUGGAGCGGCAUUAGGUUCACCACUAUUUUUGGUUAAAACAAGAAUGCAGUCUCAUUCUAAUCAUUUUGCAGUAGGACAUCAACAUGAAUAUAAAAAUACUUUAAGUGCAUUAUUACAAUUAUGGAAAUCGGGAGGGGUUAGAGAAAUGUUUACAGGUGUUAAUGCUUCAAUGAUCAGAACGGGAAUUGGUUCUGCAACUCAAUUAUCCAGUUAUUUUUAUAUAAAAAAUUGGAUAAUUCAACGAACAGGAAUGGGUGAUAAUGAUAUUAUGUUACAAUGCAUGUCUAGUAUGAUGUCUGGGUUAUGUGUUUGCAUAACAAUGAAUCCAUUUGAUGUAAUAAGUACACGCAUUUAUAAUCAAAAGUUGGAUAAGAAAGGUCAUGGAAGCCUUUAUAAAAGUACUUUUGAUUGUUUUCUAAAAACAAUUCAAACUGAAGGUAUUAGAGGAUUAUAUAAAGGAUUUAAUGCUCAUUUUUUUAGAAUUGGGUAA